UAUUAGUAGGGGAGGAGCUGAGAGUAAGGGCGUGGCAAGGCCUAAGAGCAGGGCCCAGGCAGAGAGUAAGGGGCCCCAAAGCCUGAUCAAAGGUGGAGCUAGGAAGAAGAGUGGGAAAAGGGGCAGGAACUGAGCGGUUUCCUAGAGAUCAGCCUCAGCUAGCCAACUUGCAAGUGGGUGUUAAUCCCCACGUUCUCCAGGUUCUAGCUACAUGGUGUCCCGGCCAGCCAUGUCCCCUGUCAGCCCUGUGUGGCCGAGAAAACCAAACCUUUGGGCAUUCUGGGUACUGCGGCUAGUGCUAUUGCUGUCAUUGAAGUCGUGGGCUGAAGAUGCUUUACAGCAUUGCACCUGGCUUCUUGUCCUGAACAAGUUCGAGAAGGUAGGCUUGCAUCUCUCCAAGGAUCGAUUUCAAGAUCAUGAGCCCAUCGAUACAGUGGCCAAGGUGUUCCAAAAGUUGACAGACUCGCCAAUCGAUCCGUCAGAGAACUAUUUGAGCUUUCCUUACUACCUGCAAAUCAACUUUUCCUGUCCGGGACAGAAUAUCGAGGAGCUGGCCCGAAAGGGCCACCUGAUGGGGAUGAAGCCCAUGGUCCAGAUCAACUACAUGUACUCAGUCAAUUUCUACCGUUGGGAGAUGGAAAAUGUACAGAUUCUGAUGGAGGCUGCUCCAAUGCGCAGCACAGGGUACUGCCCGGCAGAGGCCAUGUGCGUCCUGAACUGGUACACACCCAUGCCCUUUAAAAACGGCUCCGUGGUCUCCUCAGUGGACAUCUAUACCAAUGGUAUAGGGCCCUUCGUAUCCAAGAAAAGGUUCUAUGUGAAUAUGAAUGGCUUCUUGAAGAGAGAUGCAAGUGGUAAAUCCUUAUUCGCCAUAGGAUAUGAGAGCCUUGUUCUGAAGUCGAGUCACUUUAGGCUUUCGAAAUCAAGACCCCUGUGGUACACUGUGAACCAUGCCCCCGUGUUCAUCCUUGGGGGCUUUUAUGAUGAAAAGUCCAUCCUGUUCUCAGAUUCUAAUUUCCAGGACUAUGUUCUCUUGGAGCUGAGUAUUGACAGUUGCUGGGUCGGCUCCUUCUACUGUCCCAUUCUUGGCUUCUCAGCCACCAUCCAUGACGCCAUUGCCACCGAGAGCACGCUCUUCAUUCGACAGAACCAGCUUGUCUACUAUUUCACAGGCACCUACAUCACACUCUUCGACAAAAGCCAUGGCAGCAGCAGAUGGGUUCGUGUCCUGCCUAGCGAGUGCAUUAAGAGACUGUGCCCGGUGUAUGCCAGUGGCAAUGGUUCUGAGUACGUCCUAGCCCUCACCACUGGCAAGAAUGAGGGUUAUAUUCACAUCGGGACCAUCACAGAUGGCCUCGUGUCCUUCGAGAUGGUGCCAGAUGGCUGGUCAGUAUGUGAAAAAUUACCAGGUAAAAACUGCAGCAUCGACUGGGCUACAUACAUCGCUGAUGAGAGGAACCUGCUGUUGUUAGUGAAAAUUGACUCUGGGCAAUUUUACCUAGUCAACUUUAAUACAGAGUUCAAGACUCUGAAUAUCCUCUACAAAAUACCAGAGUUUAUACCGGAAGCUAAGGAACUAGACUUCUUGGUGCUCCUUGAUACAGUGACAUACACCAACACUCCUAUGACACCCAAGGGCUUGUUCUUCAACACAUUGAACAACAUGUUGUACAUCUGGGGCAACUUCAUCCUGCAAAGCUACAAUAGGGAAGAAUUCAUUUUUCUGGCAGACUUUCCCAAGGAGUCCACCAUCAAAUACAUGGUCAACUCUUUCAAAGGACAAAUGGCUGUUGUCACAGAAAAUGAAGAGAUCUGGUACUUUCUGGAGGGUGGCUAUGAUGUAUACCAGGUGGUCCCUUCCCAAGGCUGGGAAACCUACCAUAACCUGCAGAAGAUGCAAAAGUCUUCCUUCCAUUCAGAAGAUGAGUCCUUGGUCUCCCUCUUCUUUGAGGAUGGGAAGCUUUUCCAGCUGGUCUAUCUUUUUGACGUUGGAAAAGAACGUUUGGUCAAGAGGCUCCUGCCUGUGGGAACACUGAUGGAGUACAACCUGCCCAAACCCUUCACAGUGGUGAACCAAGGGAACUACCAGGCGAUCUCCUUCACCCACACGUGCCCUUUCAAGGAGAUUCAUUUAAUUGAUGUGCCCAAAAAACAUCAUGCAUCACGCACAGAGAGCUAUGUUGCUCUGCCACCUCUGGUCUCUGAAUCCUUGGGCUUCCACAACAAUAACACACUCGCUGUCUAUCAAGGCCUCGUCUAUUACCUGCUGUGGCUGCACUCCAAGUAUGAUAAGCCCUAUGCAGACCCAGUGCACGAUCCCACCUGGCGCUGGUGGCAACACAAAACAAAGGACAAGGAUUACUUCUUUUACCUGUUCAGCAACCGGCUGGCGGCAGAAGGCAUAUACAUCAACAUGAACGCCUACCAAAAGCUCUACAACAUGUCGGGUGACUAUGGAAUACCCGAUCUUUUCUUCCUAGACAAGGGCAACUGGUUUACCAUCACUGUGGUCUUAUUGUCACAUCAGGACACCUUCACAAGCUCUGAUAGCCAAGGACCCACUAUUAAUGUGGAUAAGAAGCUGGCAAUUGCUGUGACAAUAGCGGAUCCUGAGUGCCUUUCAGUAACUGUGACUCAGGAUGUCCUUCUUAAUCGCAACGCAGUGAUCAACAAGAUUAAAGUCAUAGAUAAAAAGAGAUGCUCUGAACAGGGCAUGAUUGGACGUAACAUCAAGAAGACUUCUAUGAUGCUCAAGGUCUUGGGCGCUCCUGGGAAUUGCAUCCAGCGCACGUACCUUGGGGGAAUUAUUCAAGGUUUCAAAGUGGUACCAAUAUUCAUCGGCUGUCCGCCUGGCAAGCGCUUGGCCUUUGAUGUCUCCUACACGAUUAUGCAUUCCGAGGAGAUAAACAAGCACUAUUUCGACUGUGUGAUUAAAGACGCCGAGAUGCCAUGCUUCCUCUUUCGCGACUUAUUCCAGCCCUUCUUCUUAGUCCAAGACUUGGUGACUGGCGACUCUGGCAGUUUCUUGGGCAGUUAUGUGCUGAAGGUGGUGGGUGGUGGUCGCACACUGAACACCAUCAGAGACUACACGGAGGAAGAAAUCUUCCGUUACAACAGCCCGCUGGACACAACGAAUAGCCUCAUCUGGAAAACAAAGGUCGAAAGGACCACCGAGGACAAAAAGUUCUACAUAAUGUCCCAUGAGAGCCCUGGAGUCGAGUGGCUGUGCUUGGAGAACUCCCCUUGUUAUGACAUCAUCCCCCAAAGCAUCUACCCACCUGAGUUCUUCUUCAAGUUGUUAGUGAGCAAUAGAGGUGUAGACAAUAGCACAUACUGUGACUACAAGCUCACCUUUAUAGUGCACAUCCAUGGGCUACCGCUCAGCAGCAAGCGGACCUCCUUCAUUGUUAUGGUGUCUACCAGCUUCUUUAUAGCCCUGGUUGUCUUCUACAUCCUGUUCUGCCUCGUGUGGCCUCACAUAGUGAAGGCCUGGGUCUCAUUACGCUGGAGGAUUAACAACAUCAUGGCGUCAGAGUCCUAUUAUACAUAUGCCUCCUCUACUGCGGGCUUCAGCCUCCAGUCUCACAGUUUUGAGGGUCCCUCCAGAGCUGGUUCGAAAGAGGACAAUGUUCAAGCUAAGACAGCAUAGGUGGCCUGAGUCCCUGGUCUGUACUCUUCCUCAUGAACCCUUAGGCCUCUCCUCAUGGGAAUGCAGCCUGCCACCUCCCCAGGACUUUCUGGUUUGCUAGAAUGUUCAUGUCUCAUUCAGACCCUAAUAAAGCCUCCUUUCAGAAUCAGUCCCGAGUCCUCAGAAAGGCUCACGUCCGCUUGGUUUGUACCAGCACAGCUGUAGUUAACUGUCAGAAUGUCAGAAUCUUUUAUUUUCAAGAUGGCACAGCAGAUAAAGGAGCUCUCAAGCCUGACAACCUGGGUUUGAUCCCCAGGCCUCAUGAGAUCUAAAGAGAGAGCCGACUCUGUGAAGCUGUCCUCUGACCUCAACACUGGCCUUGAGGAACUAAUUGAAGGUUGACCCUGACAUGCUGGAAAAUAAACCUUUUGCUUUUGCAUCAA